AUGGGUGCGCAAAAAAGUCAACGCCUCCCCUGCACAUGUCCGCCUUGCUCGGCUGAGGUGGCCAUCGGAGUACCAGACGGUAAGGUGUCGUACGCCGAAGUCAUGAAAAAAGCUCGACGUGAGGUAAACCUUGAGCAGCUCGACUUGUGGGAUACGAGGAUACAAAAGGAUGUUUCCGGGGGUUUGCUCAUACAGAUUCCUGGCAAUAGAGGUAAGGAGAAAGCGCGUCAGCUUCAGGAUAAGCUGCAAAAGGUCCUCGGCCAAGAUGCUAGGGUUGCGAUGGUGGGUGGAUGCAAUAGCAGCGACAUCAAGGCAGGCCCUAGUAAACCUAUGAUAAACGGGAUGUAUGCUAUUUGGCUCCAGUGCCCGGUUGAUGCGGUCCAGGCUUUGGUAAAAUUGGGCCGGAUAAGACUUGAGUGGACCUUGGAAAAAGUUGUGUUGCUUCCUUCUAGAAGGCUGUAG